GGACGCGCGAGGCGGCAUGGGCUGGGGGCCUCGGAGCGCGGGCCGCCUGCUGCUGCUCCAGCUGCUGCUUGGCCUGGUCCGCGGCGUGGCCGGAGCGCCGCGCUCCGACGAUGUCUGUGCCACUUGCCACGAGCAUGCUACAUGCCAGUCGAAAGAUGGCAAGAAGAUUUGCAUCUGCAACUAUGGAUUUGUGGGCAAUGGUAGGACCCAGUGUAUCGAUAAAAAUGAGUGCCAGCUUGGGGCCACGGUUGUCUGUGGGAACCACACAUCCUGCCACAACACUCCUGGAGGCUUCUACUGCAUCUGCCUCGAAGGCUAUCGGGCCACAAACAACAACAAGACGUUCAUCCCCAACGAUGGCACCUUCUGCACAGACAUAGAUGAAUGUGAGGUUUCUGGCGUAUGCGGGAAUGGAGGGCGGUGUGUCAAUACUCAAGGAAACUUCGAGUGCUACUGCAUUGAUGGAUACUUGCCAAUGAACGGACGUGUGCCUUUCCACCCGAGCAGAGGAGGCACGCGGUGCGCAGAAAUAGACUGUGGCCCAGCCCCUGAGGUCCCAGGUGGCUUUGUCAUUGGAAACUACACGUCUAGACUGGGCAGCCAGGUUCGUUAUGAAUGCAAAGAAGGAUUUCUCAGUGUCCCAGAAUAUACACUUUCAAGCUGCACAGCCCUGGGCACGUGGGAGGCCCCCAAAUUAUAUUGCCAAGAGAUCAACUGUGGCCAUCCUCCAGCAGUGCAGAACGCCAUGUUGGUGGGGAAUCACAGCUCCAGCCUGGGUGGUGUGGCUCACUAUGUCUGUCAAGAGGGCUUUGUGAGCCCUGGAGGAGCCAUCACGUCUGUGUGCACGGAGAAAGGCAGCUGGAGAGAAAGCACUUUAACAUGCACAGAAGGAGAUCUCUUAGAAGAUGAUGGGAGUUUCGAUGUUUCAGUAAUCAAUGAAACUUGUUUGAAAUUGAACCAGCAUUCUAGGAAAGUUGGAUCAGAGCGAAUAUACCAAUUUCAAGUCCGAGGCCAAAGGUGGUAUCUGGAUAGCUUUUACCACGCAACUUCGUUCAACCUGACAACUCGGGACCGCGCGCCCGAAGUGUGCUUGGCUUUGUACCCAGCCGCUGAUUACACCGUGAACAUCACCGGACUGGGACCACCUGGGCUCCACUCCGUGCAGAUAACCAUGACAACCGCACCGACAGCAACACAGACCAUCAGUAAUGUUUCAAUAUUUAAUGGGACCUGCUUGAGAUGGAGUAGCAUGAAGACAGCUGAUAUAGAAGAGAUGUACUUAUUACACAUUUGGGGCCAAAGAUGGUAUCAGGAGGACUUUGCCCAGGAAGUGAUCUUUAAUACCACCACCAGCAGCCUGACCCCUGCAGUAUGCUUGGAUCUGCAUCCGGGUACCAACUACAGUAUCAGCCUCCAGGCUUUGUCUUCAGAACUCCCUGUGGUCCUGUCCCUGACAACUCAGAUCGCAGAGCCUCCCCAUCCAGAAGUGGAAUUUUUCACAGUGCAUGGAGGGCCUCUACCACGCCUCAGGCUGAGGAAAGCCAAGGAGGAAAAUGGGCCUAUCAGUUCCUAUCAGGUGGUGGUGCUUCCCCUGGACCUCCAAAGCAUGUUUUCUUGUGAUUCUGAAGGGGCAGCCUCAUUCUUCAGCAAUGCCUCUGAUGCUGAUGGAUAUGUGGCUGCAGAGCUACUGGCCAAAGAUGUCUCAGAUGAUAGCCUGGAGGUAUCCAUUGGAGACAGGCUGUACUAUGGGAAAUAUUAUAAUGCACCCUUGAAAAUAGGGAAUGAUUACUGCAUUAUACUACGAAUCACAAGUGAAUGGAAUAAGAUUCGUCACUCACACCGCAGCAGAUGGUGGGUGUUGCGCUGGGCUCCGUUGCUUUUGUGGUUCUUCUUGCAUUCCUCUCCUUCUCAGCAGUGUGAUGGUGGAUUGGUGCUUAAUGUAACUGGUGCCAGGACAGAUGUUUCCACAGCUUCUCGGGUGCCUGCACAGAUGCUCUGAGUGGCUUCCAUCCAGAGGGGUGUGUGGACCUGUAUCUUUCUUCAUUCUCUGCAUGGCCUCAUACCUGGAUUCAAGAUGGCAACUAUCACAGUGGAGACCGCCCCCCCACCCCCCCACAUACAAAAAGGAGGACACUCAGCCACGGUUACUGCUUCGGGAACAGUUCUCGUACCUACGAACUUUAGACCGGUGUAAUAAUAAUUGACCACAGACAGACCAUGGCAGUUUGGGCUGAGUGAUGCUUAAAUGACAGCUCUUCUACAUAUUAGAUUCAAGAGAAUCUCUGUAUCUUCUUUUUGUUUUAAGUUUUAUAUUGUUAUUAUAAAGGUGAUGUACAGAGGGGUUACAGUCAGGUAAAAAGAACAUUUCUUUUUGGACAAUGUCACCCCUUCACUCAGUCAUUCUCCCAGUUUUUGCCUCCUGUCUCCAUCCACAGGCAGUACAUAGUUCAUUUUCAACAUAGUAUAUCCUCUUCUAUAGCAUUUCUGCUAAUUAGUUUAGGGCUUUUUUUUCCAUCAGAUACCAUGAGGUAGUUUUAAUUGGAGGCUAAGAUUUGGCUUUUAUGAUGGAAGUUAUGGAAAAGAACAAAUAGCAUUGCCAUGGAUAAAUGCUUCAAGCCUUUUAGAAGCAGUUCUCCUACAACUAAUUGAUU